AUGAGGUACGCUAUUCUUGCAUCAGCAAGUUUGAUUGUUUCAUCCAUCGUCGUAACGAACACUUAUUACCGCAAAAAACAGUUUUACCCUACUGUUGUGUACUUAACCAAUAAUCAGCCAUCCCUUUCUAUCCUCCUCUUUCAAUGUGUUGUUAUACUCUUCUUGGUCGUAAAAGCACUCACAUAUGCUUUCUUCGGUCGACUUCAAAGAGCAGAAGUAGAUAAUCUUGUUUCACAGUCAUGGUAUGCUUUCUUCGACAUGUGCUUGGUUUUUGCCUUCUUCCAGAACGAAUUGGGAGUCGAAUUUCUGUUCUUGUUCGCUAUACUUUUAUUUGUCAGAGCGUUUCACUGGCUUAUUGAAGAAAGGGUCGAUUAUAUGGAAAGAUCGCCUGUCAUUAGUGUUGUGUUUCAUCUUCGAACAAUGAUGCUUAUUACUCUUCUGACUCUGGUGGACGUAUAUUUCAUCAAAACAGCAUACUGGAAGCCAGCUACACACGGAAUAUCCGUACAUUUGGCUUUGGGGAUAGAGUAUUUCAUUUUAAUAUUGAGUCUUCUAUCGACUACUGUACGUUAUAUUUUACAUUCGAUUGACUCUAUGCGAGAACAUUCCUGGAAUAAGAAAGCUACGUAUCUCUUAUAUGUGGAUAUUCUCAUUGGAUUUAUUCGUUUGGCUGUGUACGUUGAGUUUACGUUCAUCAUGUGGUCACUGCAUCCGUUUCCUUUAUUUAUCGCGCGACCUAUCUAUCUUAGCAUCAGAUCACUAAAAAAGGCGAUUCGAGAUAUGUUGAUGUCACGUCGUGCCAUUCGAUACAUGAACACAGUUUUCCGCGAUGCCACUCCAGAUGAUUUGGCUUCCUCCUCAGAUACUGUUUGCAUAAUCUGUCGUGAAGAAAUGAAUCUUCAGACAGAUAAUAUACCAUCGGUUGGGACUUCAGCUCUUAAAAGGUUACCUUGUUCUCACAUUUUCCAUUUUGGUUGUCUACGUUCGUGGUUUCAACGUCAACAGACUUGUCCAACCUGUCGAAUGGAUGUCAUACGUGAAGCUAGAGUGCAAGAAAGACAGCGACAACAACCUCAUCGUUCAGCAACUACCAAUAAUACACAACCAGAAAGCUCAACAACUUCUGGUCCAUCUAAUUCAACUGCGACACCAUCUAUUGCAGCUAAUAAUCAAAACUUAUCAGUGCCAUGGAUGCCUCCUGCCAAUGCAUUCCCGUUUUAUCCACCAUUUAUUCCUCCUACUAAUAAUUCAACAACUACACAAGCUCAGACAGUCUUUCCGUCUGUGCCUCCUUUAUACAUACCACCCUUUAUGGGGAUGCCUAUAAUAUACCCUGGUAACUUGUUCUCUAGUGGAAAUACUCCUAUGCCAGAACCGCCCUCUGGACCACCUGAAUCAACUGAUGAAGCUCGUCUUCGUGCCAGUGCUGAAGCCCGUUUCACCGCUUUACGUCAAAUAAAUGUACUGUUGAAUGCAGCUGUCCUGCAAAUGAAUGCUUACCUCAAUGCGGCUAGCGCUCCUCCAAGUGAAUUAGAACCUAUUACUUCUAUUAACACUGUCCUCAACACCGACGAUGUGGGAUCAAAUAAUGAAGGAAAGGGAGCCUCAAGUAGUGAUGUAAAUUCUCAGUUAGACUCGGAUGGUAAGAGUCCCCUUGCAUCAGAAGACUCGGAAUUUACGGAAGUUCGUAAACGUAGACUAGAACACUUUGAAUGCUCGUCUGGAGAAAUCACAUCAAAGUCUAACUCCGAACUUAAUGAUGUGUCCAAUUGA